CAAGUAAGGAUGCCUUAAGCAGAUAACUAUGGAUAAAUAUAUUAAAGUGCAGAAGAUUGGAGAAGGAUCCUUUGGGAAAGCAAUUCUGGUGAAAGCAAAAGAAAAUGGCCAACAGUAUGUUAUUAAAGAAAUAAACAUCUCAAAGAUGUCAAAUAAGGAGAGAGAAGAAUCAAGGAGAGAAGUUGCUGUAUUGGCUAACAUGAAGCAUCCAAAUAUAGUCCUCUAUAGGGAGUCAUUUGAAGAAAAUGGUUGUCUCUAUAUAGUGAUGGAUUACUGUGAAGGAGGAGACCUAUUUAAAAAAAUAAAUGCCCAAAAAGGAAUCCUAUUCUCAGAGGAUCAGAUUCUGGAUUGGUUUGUACAAAUCUGUUUAGCACUAAAACAUAUACAUGAUAGAAAAAUCUUGCAUCGAGACAUAAAGUCACAGAAUAUAUUUUUGACCAAAGAUGGGACAGUACAGCUGGGAGACUUUGGAAUCGCCAGAGUUCUUAACAGUACUGUAGAACUGGCUCGCACUUGCAUAGGAACGCCAUACUAUUUGUCACCUGAAAUAUGUCAGAACAAACCUUACAACAAUAAAAGUGAUAUCUGGGCCCUUGGUUGUGUUCUGUAUGAGAUGUGCACGCUUAAACAUGCGUUUGAAGCUGGUAACAUGAAAAACUUGGUACUGAAGAUAAUCUCUGGAUCUUUUCCUCCUGUUUCUAUGCAUUAUUCCUACGACCUACGUAAUCUGCUGUCACAGUUAUUUAAAAUGAAUCCUAGGGAUAGACCAUCAGUCAACUCCAUAUUGGAGAAAAACUUUAUAGCCAAACGGGUUGAAAAAUUUCUCACACCGCAGCUUAUUGCAGAAGAGUUCAGUCACAAAAUCUUCCAGAAGUUGGGACCUCAUGCUGCACCAGCAAAAAGACCAGCUCAUGGACAAAGCUUGGCAUCAGUUGCACCAGCUCAGAAAAUUACCAAGCCUGCUGCAAAAUACAGAGUGCCUUUAAUGAUUAAGAAACCUGCUGAUGCGCCUAAAAAGACUGAGAAGAAGGCAUUGAUUAAAUACGGACAGGAAGCUGCAAAAAAGAAAAGGUUAGAAUUGCCUGAAAAAGAAAAACGCCAGCGAGAUCAGAUGGAACGAAUAAACAGAGCCAGGGAACAAGGAUGGAGGAAUGUGCUUGGUUCAGGUGGAAGUGGUGAUGUUAAGGCACCAUAUUAUGGUGGUGGUGGAGGUGUUGGUCCUUUUCCUGCGUCUUCCAGAGGACAAUAUGAACACUAUCAUGCUAUUUUUGAUCAGAUGCAACAGCAAAAGGAAAACAUUAAAGUAGCUGAAGAGAGGGAAGCCAAAUGGAGGGCAGGUGUACAAGGCCGAGAAGCUGUUGAAAGAGGAAUUCCACCUGGAAUACGUCCAGGAGUUCCUAAGGGGCCUGCAGGUCAUCACCAUUUACCUGAUGCUGAUGCAAUUAGGAAAAAAAUGAAAAGAUUGAAGGAGGUGUCUAAACAAGCCAAUGCAAACAGGCAAAAAGGAUGGGUAGCUGCAGAAAGAGAAAAGCAAGUUGAAGAAUUCUGGCAACGGAAGAGAGAAGCCAUGCAAAACAAAGCUCGAGCUGAGGGACACAUGGGUACACUGCAAAACGUGGCAGAUAUCUAUGGAGGCAGGCCCAUUUCUGCAAGAGGAAGGAAAUCCAGAAACAAGGAGGAAGAGGAAUAUUUGAAAACAUUAAGACAGAUCCGGCUACAAAACUUCAAUGAACGUCAACAGAUUAAAGCAAAACUUCGUGGAGAAAAGAACGAAGCUGGCAGUUCUGAUGGACAAGAAUCAAGUGAGGAAGCAGAACUGAAACGCAAGAAGAUAGAAGCACAGAAGGCCCAAGCAAAUGCUCGAGCUGCAGUUCUGAAGGAGCAAUUAGAGCAAAAGAGAAAGGAAGCAUAUGAAAGAGAGAAAAGAGCUUGGGAAGAACAUCUGAUAGAGAAAGGAGUAAAGAAUCCUAAUGUGCCUUUUCACGUGGGAGCUACAGGACACAGUCCUUUGCAUGGCUUACAAGAGCAUGGACCAUCUCCUAAGCCACAACUUCCACUGAAGCCUGAUACACCAGUCAUCUCCAUGACUUCUGCUUUGAAGGAAGUGGGUGUGGAUGAAAAUGUAACUCUCAUCCAUGAAGCUGAAGAGGAAAUAAAAAAAGCAGAUUUUGCGAUGCAAAAUAAGCGAGAUAUAUUAAGAAGACUGAAUCAAAAUCUUAAAGCCCAAGAAGAUGAGAAAGGAAAAAAGGAGAGCAAAAACAUAUCUGAAUCAGUUUUGUCUGAAGGCGCUAAGGAACAGCGAGAAGAUGACUAUCCACUUCCAGGAGAUCGCAAAAAAUGGGAAUCUGGAGCAUCGGAGUUGGUAGUUCCUCUAGCUCAGUUAUCAAUGGAAGACUCUCUCUCUGGAACAGACCGACAAACUCUGGGGGAAGUAAUUAAAUUAGAUAUUGGUGAACCUCACAGGAAGGUCUGGGGCAAAAGCCCUACUGAUUCAGUCCUGAAGAUCCUAGGAGAAGCAGAGUUGCAGCUUCAGACUGAAUUACUAGAGGAACUAGAUGUAACAAAUGAUGCUGCAGAAGUUACUGAAGGAGACUAUCAGUCCUUAAUCAUAAAAAAGAAUAAUGAGGAGAAAACUUUUCCUACUGUGGAAGCAAAGUCUGUGGUACCAGUUGGUCUCACUGAAUCUGAAACAACUGUACCAGAAGAUUCUCAAAGAGCUGAACCUAUCCAGGCACAGUACAAACCUAUUAUGCUGGAUGAGCCUGAUGAUUUGGAAGCAGAGAUAUUGGAAGAAACAGAAGAAAAUAAAAAGCACAAAACCAAGGAAUUUCCCGUCACUGUUAAUGAUGUGUGGGUGAAAGAGAAAGAGGAUAAGGCACACUGUGACAAAAAAAAUGAGGCCACUUCUGUGAAGGUAGUCCUUGACAAGGUGCAACCACAAGAAGCAGCUCCAGAAGGAACUUGUUCCAAUGACUCUCUGCAACCCGAACCCUUAUUCCAGAGGGUAAUACAGCCCCCAGUUGUACCAACCGCUUCACCAGUUCUGUCAGCUCAGUCUUCACAGGAAGAACCUUUGGUACCUCGUUCACGUUCCAUAUCACCAGCCAAAAUUAAAGGCAAAAGUUCUUUGUUGACAGGACUUUCUACAGGGCUGUUUGAUGCAAACAACCCAAAGAUGUUGAGAACAUGUUCACUCCCAGAUCUUUACAAAUUGUACCCAACUCUAGUUGAUGUUCCCAGUGUAGCAGAUGUACAGCAUCAAGAUGAUCUUGAAAUAGAUGAUACGGAAGAUGAACAAGCCAAAGAAGUACCCUCUGAUUCUGAGGAUGUUAUGUUUGGGGAGACAGACACAGAUUUGCAGGAACUCCGGGCCUCAAUGGAACAAUUGCUUAGGGAGCAGCCUAGUGAGGAAUUCAGUGAAGAGGAAGAAUCUACUUUAAAGGCCAAUGCCAUAGAAUGCAUAACAAAUGGUACAGAGCUGGAUGAAGAAGAUGAAAAUAACCCCAGCAGUGAAAGUGCACUUAAUGAAGAAUGGCAGUCAGAUAAUAGUGAUGGAGAGAUUGCCAGUGAAUGUGAAGAAUGUGAUAGUGUCUUCAGCCAUUUGGAAGAGUUGAGAUAUAACCUGGAGCAGGAAAUAGGCUUUGAUAAAUUCAUUGAAGUUUAUGAUAAAAUAAAGGCUAUACAUGAAGAUGAAGAUGAAAAUAUUGAUACUUGUUCAACCAUAGUUCAAACUAUUUUGGGAAAUGAACACAAACACCUGUAUGCCAAAAUACUUCACCUAGUAAUGGCAGACGGAGCCUAUCAGGAAGAUAAUGAUGAAUAAACCUGACUCAGGAAAUUCCUUAACGCUGUACUAUAUAUCAGUGUUUGAAUUCUGCACAGUGGAAUAACAAUUGUAGCAGGAAAUUGUAACAUUGGGCAGGAAAAAGAUGUAAGAAAAGCAUGUUGAUUGUAUGAAAAAGGGGGGGGGGAAACAUGCCUUUUAAAUUGAGAUAUUUAUACAUUUCUUUUUUGUGUUCUUGCAUAUGUGUUCAUUAACUAUUACUUGCCCAAAAUUAAAAAAUGUAUAUGUAAUUCAUCUUUCAAAUUCAAACUGAAGUACAGAGAAUGCCUGAAGAUGUUUUGAUACAAAACUGAGACCUAUCAUGUAAUACAGAAACUUUGUCAUCUCAGCAGUUGGCUAGGAGGAUGAGAAACAAAUUGGAAAGAUUACCAUGUUGUGAAAGUAUCCACUUCUAGCUGUUUACUUACAUGCUCUUUAUGCCUAUAUACAGAAGUUGCUUUGUUUUUAUUGAUACUUGUGGCUAUAUGUAGUAACAUCUUAAUCUAGUGGUCCAGUUUGAGCAUUUCACUUUUUUUCUUACUAAAAAUAUAUUGUAUUUUGAAGCUUAAGGCUUCUGUCACUUCUUAACCAGUGUCAUCUGAAAUAGCUUGAUGUUUCCAAAAUGAUGCCUCCAAAUUGAGGCAAAGUGAUACUUCAGUCAUCAUUGAAAUGUCUGAAUUAAGUUCUUGAGAUUGUGCAGUUCAUCUGGAGCUAGAUGACUUUUUUUUUUUUCCCUUCUCCCCUUUUCCCUCCCCCAGCCCUUCCCCAAAAUCCCAAGAACUUAGUUCUUUGAAUGCUGUGAUUUGGUCAAUGCUAAUAUUGUAAGUGUCUGAAAGGGGGUUCUAGGUGGGUUGUUUUCUUUUCUUUGUUUCUAAAUUUUUGCUGUUAUACUCGGAGCUCCAGUAGGCACAGGGAUGAAAAUAAAAUACUGCAGGCACAAAUGCUAUACAAUGCUUGUCGUCUUCUGGCUCCUAUUUUGUAGCUUGAUUUCCUCCCCCUCCACCCUGGAAAAGGGGGGUGGGGGGAGGGAAGAUUUCUUCUGCUCACCUUUCCUUGCAGUGUUCCCUCUAUUAGAGCAGUACUAUGCAGGGCCAAAGUUAGGCUUGUUGUUUUCCAGUUACUGUGUCUGGAAAAGCUUUCUUUUACCCACAGAAUAAGUCUCUUGUUACAGAUGAACUAUCAAACUUCCAACUGCCCUAUUGGAGGAAGUAGAUUUUUUUUCUCAGCCACUGUGAAAUAACAGCCAGUCAGAAUUACCUAAAAUUGUUUAAAGUUACUUUUCCACAGAGUGAAAUCUAGUAUGUAUAUUAUUUAUAACUGUCAAAAUAUGUACAUGAUUUUUGUAUAAUUGUUUUAUCGUGUUGUUAUUAAAAUUUUGCCCACUGAAAAGUGGUUUGGGGCUUUUUUGUUUUGUUUUUUAACGUAGACCAAAUUCUAGACUAUUUCAGCUGUACCCUGGGAACCUGCAAUGAGAACUCUGAAAGAAUAAUUACUAGUAAAUGCUUUUAAUAUGUUGACUAUAUUUUGGAUAUCAGACUGCAUUUUGGAUAUUA